GUUAUUCACAGGCCCUCACGAAACCUGAGUGAGAAGAAGAGACGUGACAAGCUUAAUAUUUACAUAAGUGAAUUAGCAGCCAUGGUUCCAUCUUGUGCAAGUUCACAGCGCAAGCUUGAUAAAACCACUGUGCUCAAAAUGACAGUUGCCUACAUGAAAGUUCAUAAUGGUAAGAUUAGUAUUUAAUGAGUUAAUGAACACAUUUUAUUACCAAAUAUGCACUAGGUAAACUUGUUUAUUCUGGGCUCCAAUACAAAACUAAAAUCCUUAAUCACCUUUUGGUGAUCAAGUGGCUGGUAGCCAGUUGUAAAUUUUCAGUUGCUAAUUUAAAAUUUGCAGCUGUAUACACCUGUAGUUACCACAACUUUGGUCUGGCAAUGAGAUCAGUUGCUGACUAUGUGUCUCCUUGCUUGCAAUAUAUUUUUUUCUAGCAUUACGUCUCACUGAUAGUGCAUCUAAAUUGGAAGAAUAAUGUAAUAUUUAUUAGGUUUCAUAAUACAGGCCACAGAUUUGUUUGGGUCUGAAUAAUUUUUGUUCAACUUCUCGUUGAACUGGAGCAUUUAUGUCAUGACUUUCUUGUGUAUUUUUGCAGAUUUAACAAUGUCUGUCCUUGGAAAUGAAUCUGGAUUAAUGUCCUCUUUUCUAUCUAGUGAAGAAAUUGGUGAACUAUUAGACAAAGUGAGUCACCAUAUUAUGUUUGCUUGCAUUGUAUUUUAAAUGAUUGUUCUAUGGUUAUUCCCAAAGUUGGUUUUACAUCUGCAAUAUCUAUAGUUGUUGUGCCUCAGUUGAAGCAUGUCUGACUGCAGUUGUAACACUAACAUGUUCAAUAAUUUCCCAGGCUCUGAAUGGCUUCUUACUGGUGUUAUCUACCAAUGGGAACUUUGUUUAUGUGUCUAAAAGCAUUGAAGAUCUUAGUGGCCUCAAGAAGGUGAGUUGAUGCAUGCAUGUAUUGAUUGACAACAUUAGCACAGUAUGACAGUGUAAAUUCAUGAAGCCUUUACACCCUAACAUCAGUAUGCAUAUUCUGUAUACCCCUCUCUAUACAUUUAUUUUGGAACUGACAGGGGGAAUAAACAACAAUAUAAGCUCAUUAGGUUGGUGACAUUUCCUUUAGUCUCAUGAUCUUAAUGAGUGAUUCAGCAGUAUUACUGAAAGAAAAUUAUACACUGGUUUAGUUGUUUUCUCUCAUAUUUAUCAUUGCCUUUAAUUGUGAGUUCCAAUCUUUGUUGUUGUUGUUCUUUUUAGGAAGAACUGAUCGGCAAGAGUAUAUUUGAGAUUGUUCAUCCAGAUGAUAAAGAAGCAAUGGUCAGAGAAAUUCAUCGUCAAGACAUAAAACAUUCUACAGGAUUCAAUUCUCAUUCUGAUCAGCUGGAGCUAACAGGUACAUGUGCAUGUACAUGCAGUGUUUACUUUAGCUGUGUGAAAUCUUUUCAUUCUCCCUAAUAUUUUUCUUUUGCACUUAAUUUAAACUUAUUAUCUUUAAAAUCAUUUUUAUUGUUGUUGUUGUUCUCAGCAUCAGUUUUCAUAUGAUUCUACAUUUUGCAUUUGUGAUGAAUUUUUUUUUUUUCUGAAGGAAAUGCCACCUCACUCCAGAGUAUGGUGGAAAGCAAACCAUCUCGUCGCACCUUUAACUUCCGCAUGUUAGUGAGAGGAAAAGAUGGUGAGCCCAGUGGCAAUGAGGAUGUUUUCUGUGUUGGCUACAUUGACCAGUGGACGAAGAAAGAAGCUGAGCAUCAGAAGCAACGUAAGAUAUUUUAACGUGCAAAGUUGGCAGUACUGUGGUAACAUGCAUACCACUUGGCCUCUUGGGAUUUGUGUCUCUGUCGAAGUGUUCUCCCCAAAGCCCCAUACUCCCCUCCCUACUCUUACACUCAAAUUAACCAUGUGUCACUAUGUCUUACUGUGAUAUCUGACUUUGAUUUUUUUGCAACAUCUGUAGAUUGAUAGAUAGCUUUAUUCAUUCACAGUAAAAUCCUUAGGCACAAUCUAAGAGUACAAAAUAUCUAAUUUUGUCUAGCUAAACUAACUAAUAAUUAGUAGAAUAUUUUAAGAAUAAAAAUCUAUAAUAUCAUUAAAGGUGAUUUUCUAGGAUGCUGUGUCUCAUUCAAAAGCUUUAAUGAAGCACUUUAUCUAAGUUCAUGGGAGAGGCUGUUCCAUAACAUAACACUCCUUGAGGAAAAGUUUCUCUCCAAAUAGUUGGUGUAGGGUUUUGGAACAGCCAAUUUAUUUUUCGGAAUUACUCAGUUGUUAUGAAGUAAUAUCAUUUUGGGAUAUAAAUCGAGAUUGUUGACAUUCAGAGGUCAAUCCAUAAAGUUUUGUGUUUGGCUGCUUUAGGGAUACUGGCAACCAGUGAUAAUUCACUAUCUAAUGCCCUCACUCCUAUUGGCGGAACAGUCAACCCAUUUUUUCUGGUGGGUGUCGGCAUUAUGUCCAGUUCCAGUUUCACGCGUGUUGUGGAGUGCGAAUGUGAUGACAGUAAUUUUACAUCUCGGCACAGUCUUGAUGGAAAGUUCCUUUUUGUUGAUCCACGGUAAGGAUGUAGGCUUGGUAGAUAUAGUAGGCUAACUAGAUGUAGUGGGCCAGCUAGAUGUACAGAGUAAGCUAGAUGUAGAGGGCCAGCUAGAUGUACAGUAGUAGGUUAGCUAGAUGUAGAAGGCUAGCUAGAUGAAGUAGGCUAGCUAGAUAACGUGGGUUAGCUAGAUGUAGUAGGCUAGCUGGAUGAAGUAGGCUAGCUAGAUGUAGUAGGUUAGCUAGAUGUAGUAGGUUAGCUAGAUGUAGUAGGCUAUUAUUACAGUUACAAUCUAUUUUAAUCUAUAUAAACAUGAUCUAAAAUUUAAAAGUAAAAUAGAAAAAAAAAUAAGGAAAUUCUGCUAGAUGUAGCAGGUUAGCUUGAUGUAAUAGGCUAGCUAGAUGUAGUAGGCUAGCUGGAUAAAUUUGUCGCUGAGUAUCUAACCGUCUCCAGUUAAGUUGCACAAAAAGAGGAUCAGCGCUUGUGUCAUAACUGGAGAAGGUCAGGGUUAGUUAGGUGUAGUAGGUUGGUUCGAUUAACAAAAGGCCUACAACGUUUAAUUGCUAGAUGUGGUAGGUUAGCUAUAUGUGGUAGGUUAGCUAGAUGUAGUAGGCUGGCUAGAUGUAGUAGGCUAGCUAGAUGUAGUAGGCUAGCUAGAUGUAGUAGGCUAGCUAGAUAAAGUGGGUUAGCUAGAUGUAGGCUAGCUAGAUGUAGUAGGCUAGCUAGAUGUAGUAGGUUAGCUAGAUGUAGUAGGCUAGCUAGAUAAAGUGGGUUAGCUAGAUGUAGUAGGUCAGCUACAUGUAGUAAGUUAGCUAGAUGAAGUAGGUUAGCUAGAUGUAGUGGGCCAGCUAGAUGUAGUAGGCCAGCUAGAUGUAGUAGGCCAGCUAGAUGUAGUAGGCUAGCUAGAUGUAGUAGGUUAGCUAGAUGUAGUAGGCUAGCUAGAUGUAGUAGGUUAGCUAGAUGUAGUAGGCUAGCUAGAUGUAGUAGGCUAGCUAGAUGUAGUAGGCUAGCUAGAUGUAGUAGGCUAGCUAGAUGUAGUAGGCUAGCUAGAUGAAGUAGGUUAGCUAGAUGUAGUAGGCUAGCUAGAUGUAGUAGGUUAGCUAGAUGUAGUAGGCUAGCUAGAUGUAGUAGGUUAGCUAGAUGCAGUAGGCUAGCUAGAUGAAGUAGGUUAGCUUGAUGUAGUAGGCCAGCUAGAUGUAGUAGGUUAGCUAGAUGUAGUAGGUUAGCUAGAUGUAGUAGGCUAGCUAGAUGUAGUAGGUUAGCUAGAUGUAGUAGGUUAGCUAGAUGUAGUAGGUUAGCUAGAUGUAGUAGGCUAGCUAGAUGUGGUAGGUUAGCUAGAUGUAGUAGGCUAGCUAGAUGUAGUAGGCUAGCUAGAUGUAGUAGGCUAGCUAGAUGUAGUAGGCUAGCUAGAUGUAGUAGGUUAGCUAGAUGUAGUAGGCCAGCUAGAUGUAGUAGGUCAGCUAGAUGUAGUAGGCUAGCUAGAUGUAGUAGGUUAGCUAGAUGUAGUAGGCUAGCUAGAUGUAGUAGGUUAGCUAGAUGUAGUAGGCCAGCUAGAUGUAGUAGGCCAGCUAGAUGUAGUAGGCUAGCUAGAUGUAGUAGGACAGCUAGAUGUAGUAGGCUAGCCAGAUGUAGUAGGCUAGCUAGAUGUAGUAGCCAGCUAGAUGUAGUAGGCUUGCUAGGUUUAGUAGGCCAGCUAGAUGUAGUAGGCUAGCUAGACGUAGUAGGCUAGCUAGAUGUAGUUGGCUAGCUUUAUGUAGUAAGCUAGCUAGAUGUAGUAGGUUAGCUGUAUGUAGUAAGUUAGCUAGCUCUAGUAGUCUAGGGGUAUGUAGUAUUCAGGUAGAUGUAGUAGGCUAGCUUGAUGUAGUAAGCUAGCUAAAUGUAGUAAGCUAGCUUGAUGUAGUGGGCUAGCUAGAUAUAGUAAGCUAGCUGUAUGCAGUAAGCUUACUAGAUGUACCUUUAUUAGGAGUAGAACCGUGCAAGUUAUGCAUGUAAAUGACGUGGAAUUUGAGGAGAGGGUUUUAUUGUUUUAUUUAGUUAUAUUUACUGUCUGUAUUAAAGUAAAACGAUCGUAACAGCUCUAUAGUGUAGUCCUGGUCGUUUUCAGUUAGAAGUGCAAUUGCAGUGUAUUUGCGAGGCUACAUUUGUACAGUUUUUUUGUCAAUUUUAGAGUAUUGUAUACUAUUCCAAAUACAACUGAUCCAACAGAUAUCCCUUCGGUUAGAUAUUUGAGAGAGAGUGAACAGUUCCUUUAUUUUCUUUUGUGGUUCUGUUUAAGGUCAAUCUCCAUCACGGGUUACAUGCCAUUUGAGGUCCUUGGUACAUCAGUUUAUGACUAUAUUCACGAAGAUGAUUUGACAGUUUACGCUAAAGCGCACGAAGCACGUAAGUGAAAUAAAGUUUAAUAAAGUAAUUUGGUAUUAGGAACUGAGUUAAUAACGUAAAAUGGUCGCCGUUGAGAUCUUCAAAGGUGACGUUUCGGCAUUCGCUCUGACGAAAUGCUAACACUCGAAACGUCAGCUUUGGAACUCUUUACGGUGGCCAAUUUACGUUAUCAACUCAGUUGAAAAAACAAAAUUAUCUUGUUAUACUCUCCCACCGACGCAGCAUCACAGUUUCUUUAGAAACUUACCCCCUUUAUUCAUUUGAAAUAAAGUUUGUCUGUUAGCUCUCUUUACGGUCUGCCAUACGAUUCUGAUAAUGCUACAUGUAGUUUGGAGAAUUUGGUAUAUUUAAAUUUGGUAAUAAUACCCUAAUUGAUAUUUUUCUUUAUUCUCAUCACUUGUCUGCUUGAUAUUGUAUUGAUUUUGUAAGGAGAAAUUCUGUCAUGGUCACUUCUGGAGUGACAAGGGUUAAAAGCUCUAAGCUCACUUUUUAAAUUGCUUUGUUGUCGUUUUAGUUAUGGAAUACGGUGAGGGAAAAACUGGCUUUUACCGCAUUUUGAGCAAAGGGUACCAGUGGAUAUGGGCGGCAACAAGGAGUUACAUUUCCUUUAAUCACUGGAAUUCCAAGCCUGAAAUAUACUGCAGUAAUACGAAAGUAAUAAGGUGGGUUAAAAAAAUAAUAACUUGUUUUGAUCAUGAAAUUAGCUCAUCAGCAGAAAGUCAGGUUAGCUUUCAAAGGGGAAGGAAUUUUCACCCAGGUUAGCUGAUUCUUGAAAAAUCGUGCGCAACAGAGCAGAGGGUAAGAGGGCAAAAGACCACUCCUCUGCCUUGACGGGAACGCCUUAGUCGAGUAACCCGUGCUUGGUGCUAACUGCGAGAGGCAUACAAAAGGUAAGUUUCUUACAGAAGCAUGCAGCUGUAACAUGUUCCAAUCUCUCAGUCAGUGUAGACAAGCGGAAGAGGGACUAGUAGCAAUUGCAUUGUCAGGGCUCUUGGUGUAGAAGACACAGUCUACGUCACACUAUUGUUUUCAUCGUUUUCUUAUUCCCAGUUGUGAUGAAAUUCUAUUGUGGCGGUACACAGCUGGUACUGCCUCUGGUACUGCCUCUGCACAGACCGUAGAAAAUUUAACAUUUGGCGGUACUUUGUGAACGAUAUGAUUUCGUUCAAAACUGCAAAGUAUUUACGGAAAAACGAUGUUUAUUUGCAGUGCUGCGGAGGGUGAGAAGUCACUAAGAGUCAGAGAAAAGGAAAUGGAAAUUUUGAAAGCUAGUCAGGAAAGUCACCAGUCGCGAUUCUCUCAAUAUAAAGCUCCCUUGAAGUGUAACAGCCCUCAUGAAGCCAAUGCAUUGGUUCUGGCCAAGUGGGCAGCGGAUGAGUUGAACUCAACGUCCCUGCCGUUAGAACAAACUGAUAGCGGGGAAAACCCUGGCGGGGACCAGAAUGCUCUGGGAACGAACAAGAAAGGUAUGUGUUUGAAUUUUGGCUUUCUUCACACACGAAACCUGAAAGUUAAUGGAGAAGAUUAUAACUGCUGUUGACAUCCAGGGAGAUGGGAUCUUACGCGAGAGAUUUCGUGUCACCUUCCAGAUCUUGAGUCUCUCCUGUCAAACUGGCUGGCAUGCUGUUACGUUGUGUGACGUGUUGUCAUGUCUUGUGUUAUGCUGUCGAGUUCUGUGACAAACUAUCAAGUUCUGUAACAUACUGUGUGUCCAAAGUUAAUAGAAGUUAAUUGUUUUAUAAACCCGAAAAUUUGUUUCAUUUUUUAAUAAUACCUUUUUUUCCGACUAGAACGUGCGCAUCAUUCUAAUCAUUCUGAACUUGGCUGACCAGUGAAAUCUUCCAUUAAUUUAUUCGGUCAUAAUGCGCACACGCGAAAAUAGAAGAUUGUGUACCGCCAAGAGCUCCUAACGACCUGUUAACAUCAGUAUGCAUAUUCAACUCUACUCUACAUAAAAUUAUGUUUCAAAUAUGUACAGGAGCAGGAAACGUGACAUGGAUUGGUUGACCACCUGCAUAAAUGAUUGUGAACAUAUGAAAAUCAUGUGAACUGCGAAUCUAGAAAAGACUAUGAAAGCGAUGUGCGUAGUAAUGAACACCAUUGGAGCAAUAGUGGAAAUAAGGCCUGAAAAAAAAAAAAAAAAAAAAAAAAGGAUGAAAAUCAGGCAUAUACGGGAUUUGAACCCAUGACCUUUGCGAUACUGGUGUAGUGCUCUAACCACUGGGCGAUCAAGCCUACUGGGAACUGGUUAUCAUAUUGGUUCCAAAUAAACCUGCAAAGUGAUGAAUAAAUAUUUGUGAAUAUAUGAAAAUCAUAUAUGUGAACUGCGGAUUUAGAAAUAAAUAGGAGAGAGAUCUUCGCAGUAAUGAACACUUCUUAAACAGUUAGGAAACUAAGGCCUAAAUUUGUACAGGCCUGAUUUUUCUUCAGGUCUUAUUUCCACUACUGCGUAAGUAGUGUUAUAAAUGCGAAGAUCACUUUCGUAUUCAGUCCUCGUAUAAUUUACAAUGUUAUUCUUUUAUUUUACUUUCUUCUCCUGUGUUCAGAUGUGGCUCUGUUUGGCCGUGCGGACGACAGGAGGUCUGGGGCUGAAUCACAAGCUGAUGAUAGCGAAACCGACACGAGGGAUAUGGACCAAGACUCGUUUGUACGUUUUCAUUCUUUUUUUUCUCUUUGUUUGGUUUUUGUUGGGGUGUGUUUGUUUUUGUAAUGCAUCAUGCGUGAACUUAUUGAAUAAAGGGGUAAGUUUCAAGAAACUGUAGUGUAGCGUGGGUGGGAUAGUAUGACAAGAUCAUCUUUUUUUAAUCAACUCUGCUGAUAAAUAGGGAGUAGUACGUGGUUGCUUGUAGAUAUGGAAUUUCUCUUCGAGCGAGGGCAGCGAACCAGAGAGAUAUCGAGUUAUCGAGUUGUCGUGAGCUGUCGAGUUGAGCACUCGAAGAUAAAUCCCAUAUCUACAACAACCAUGUUUUAUGUUGUUUACUAUAUAAACACGAUAGCCCUUUCCUGAAAAGAAAAGUCGACUUUAUUAAUGAAUGAAGAAUUAGAUCUAAAGUCCGAGAGGAAAGUCGAAACGCGCGUCUGCAGUAAGGCUCAAGUUGAAAAAAAUGCGCUCGAUCAACACAAAAACAAACAAUAGGCGUAACUUCAAUUUACAAAAUUCUCAGUGAUUGACUUUUUCCUUACCGACAGAAGAAAUCUAUCGGGUACACAACCAAAAUCGGCCUGUGGCAACUCUUCCAGUUGUCGAUUUUCGUUCUUAGCCGCGAGAAAUGCUAUUACUAAAGCCACCGAGUACGCAAAUUUCGGUUUUCUUUUCGUAUUUUUUCUUCUCACGAAAACAGUGCAACCCGGCCUUAAUUUCGACAAUUACCUUAACCAAAUGUUAGGGCUUAUCGAGAUGAUUGGUACCCGGUGGUUCCUCUGAUCUCUGUGCGGCUAGUUAACCUUUGGCAUCGGGAAUUUUUCCGAUGCCUGGUAUUUUACAAAUGUAACCAAAGUGCUUUAUGUACAGGAUCUUCCCUCAACUGUUGAUGAACUUGAGCGCUUCCGAGAGGCUCAGCGCCUUCUUCAAAAUCAACUUCUGGAGAAGCACUCCUUGUUAUUGAAAGCUGUGGCUCGACAGAAACAGCAGCUACAAGAAAUCCAGCAGCACAUGAUACUUAACCUUCAGUCGCAGCUGUUUGUAGAUCCAGUCAAACUACAAGAAACGUGCUCGGGUUACUUUGAGAGGAACAAGGACUUGUCUGAGAGGCAUGAAGUGCAGGAGCAGGCUCUCGAAUCCAUCAGUCGGAAGCUUGAAGCGCAGAUGCAAACAGCUGAACGCAGAUAUCAGCGCCAUUUUAAGUUGCUCAUGGAGAAGAAAGCCGAGGAGCAACAGAUGGCAGCUGAGCAAAGCAUUCCCCAAAGUUCCGAAACUUUUAUUGACACCGCUGUGUCAUUAGGGGGACAACAGCAGGCUCAGCUUGAGAGUGAAGAUGUUGUUGUGGAGGACAUCGAUCCAUUAAACUCAAGACAACGACGUGAAUUGCAACGGGAGCAAACUUCAUCUCCGCUUCAGUUGUUGCCAAUAGACAAUCAGAUUGAUCUGCAGCAGCAAGCACAUAUUGAAGAUGUGCAAAGCAACGUAGCAAUGUUAAAGCGUAGAAUGACCAGCCCCUCAAAUCAGGGGAAUCAAAAGGUCAUGCGCGUAGACUCAAACGCGAAACAAAUGUGGCCGCAAUCGUUGCCAUCAGGCGCGCGACCGGAGCUGCAACAACCACAAGCUAUCGUGGCAGCGUCAAGACCUUGGCAGCCCAGCAGUGCUGGUCAAGCAGUGACAAAUGAAGGGUUUGUCCAGGCAAUUCCCGGAGUUAAUAACCGUGGAUCAGUUACGGUUACGACCAACGUCACUUCCGCUCCUUUGCCAGUGCCGCGACAGGUCGGUAUACGACCAAACCAGUCCUCGCACGGCCAACAGAGUGUUCAGUCCCAGCCUUCCAGUUACACGCCCGGUGUUCCUGUGUCGGCCCAGGCCGUUUUGCAGCAUUACUCUACGUCUCCACAAUUGAAUACUCCAUCGCAUAUGAAUGGAGGAAUUUUGGCCAUGUUAGGACAAAGCCCUGGAGCUUUCCAAGGGUCAGGUGACAAGACCGGUUUAGGAUUUGCUGCGCCGCACAUUGCAACAGCUUCGGCUGAUCCCCUUCAACAGCAGCAGUCGCAACAAAGCUCUCAAAUGAACGCAUCUAUUGUUCAAACUGUGGAGCAACUAUUAACGAACUCUACUCAAAACCAGCAGAUAAUGCAGGUGUUAUUGACUGUGCUCUCGGCGCUUCAGAGUCAGCCGCAAGUUGCGGCGUCAUUGAUAACAUUGUUGAAGCAGAUCCAAGAUGGUCAGCAACAAGGACAAGGUGAAGUUCCCUCUCCUGUCCAGCCAGCCCCACCUCAGUUCCCUGUUGGCUUGGGAACCCAGGGACAAUCUACCUCACAGCUUUGCACUACUGCCCCACAACCUCUGUACUCCUAUGGUAAUGAGGUAACUUUCCAACAGCAGCAGCAGCAGCAGCAACAGCAGCAGCCUACGCCACCUUCAAUGCUGCCGAAUCAGCAAAGAAUUCCUCAGCAGCCGCCAAGAUCGCGGCCGACCGUUCCGCUGCAACAUCCUCGGCAGGACACGACAGGUCUAGGUAUGACCCGGGUGAGUUCCACAACCACAAGUUACAGCUUCGCUCUACAACAACAGCAGCAACAACAACAAAAGCAACAGCAAAAACAACAACAACAACAACAGCGUCAACAACAACAGCAAGAACAGCAGCGGCAGCAGCAACGGCAAAUCGCUAGGAAUUCGGCUAUGACCAACCUAGGAGCAUCUCAAAUCUCGUCUUCAACGAUCACGUCUACGAUGAAUUUUAUGCCAUAUGAGACCAUGGCCUCUACUUCAACUGGUGUGACGUCCGUGGCAGCAGUCCGAGAUUUUGACCUGUUAGAGAAAAAGAAAACUUCAAAGUCCAAAGGAGAUUAUUUCUCGAACUUUUCGUCGGAUGAAUUGCGCGCGAUGUUGAUGGAUGCUCCCGGAGCAAUGUCCAACAAUGAAAGCCCGACAAACUUGGCUGUUGAUAAGCAGGAGAAGAAACUCGAGGACGAGGAACUACUUUAUAAUCCACUACUUACGCAACAGCAGCAGCUCUUACAGUUACACCAGGUUUGUUAGUUUGUCUCUUGAUUUAUUCUUUCCUUCGUUUUCUCUUUCUGUAGACAAUCGGUAAAGAUUGCAACACCAACGAACAAGUAUUAGGUACUUUCUAUGUGCGCUCCCACAAAUUUAACUACAGAUAGGUUACAAGGAUGAUAAUUCUUUUCCUGACCUACUGAAACACCAAAUUCUUAGAAUGAACAAGAAACAAAACACACGAUCCACGGUAAGGUCAGAAGUGAUAGUGUAACUGACUCAUCUUGGGUGACUUGUAGGAACAAAGGCGUCAACUUCUUCUCCAGCAACAAGAGCAACGAUUACUGAUGUUCGAGGAACAGAAACGGAGAGAGGAAGCCGGCCAACAGCAAACAGCAACUUCGCCUGCAACGUCUAAUUUCAGUUCGAGUGGGCUCCGCGCCAUGCUAUCUGAUGAUCCGCGGGAAGGAAGUUCGCGACAAAUAGGCAAGUAUCUUUAA